UCAAAAAUUAUGAAAAUGUUUAAGCCCGCAUCGCGGGCAAAACACCUAGUUCGAAUAAUAUGUAGUAAACUAUAUUUAUGUGUGAUAUGCUUCAACCUUUGUUGUUGUAAAGUAUCACUUUGUAAAAUAGAAUUACUCGUCAUAUAUAAAAUUUACCAUAUAUAUCAAACAAUUAUAUUUAACUAGAUAACUAGUAAAAUAAUUAGGGGUUUAGAGUCAUCUAUAGAUAAAAUAACAUAGCAAACCAAACUGAGUUGUAUUACGAAUCAGCUUCUUGGGUGAUCAGCGUAUACAAACCAUGUUGUGUUUGCAUUUUCAGAAGAUUUGGUUUCAGUUUUUUAUUUUGAUUUUAUUUAAUGUUAUAUAUUUUCAACCGCACUCUUGUUGGUAUAUUUUAUUAAUAGCUUGAAAACCACUUCAUAAAAUGUGACUGAGUUUUCAAGCAAAGUGCAAUUAAAUCUUUUAUCUCAAGUUUGUCCAGCAGACUCCAUUACACCAAUCACGUAAGUCCUGAUACAAAUUUGGGUUUUAAUAAUAGUAGAUUAUGAUGUACAUUAUUGAAACUAAACACCAACCUUUGGGCAGAAUAUUAUAGACUACAAGAGGGACAGUGACGCACAGAAAAAAAAUACUGCGGGUGAAAGAGAGCAUUCCUCGUCAGAUAUAGAGAUGAUUCGAACAUUAUAUUCUUCAUAUGCAUGUGUUGGAGGGAGACUUCUCCGAUCCAUAGCCCAGAACAUUGCAUAUAAUUUCAGUUUAUCUUCUUGGUGACCAUCUAGAAAAGACUAUAUGACUAUGAUUUAUGAGAUAACCGUCAUGAUUUCUCAAGAUCCAAUAAGCACUGCAAUUUACGUUUGAAUUUAACCAUGAGCAUCUACAAGGUAAUUAAAAAUUAUUCAACAAUUUUUUUUCAUUUUGGAGAUCACGAAAAUAGUCAUAUAUUAUAUAUUCAAAUUGUUUCCAAAAUUUCUGAAUAAUAAAUGUAUUUUCGAAUUAAGUAUUUGCAUUAAUGUUAGUCGAAAACACUAAAUUCAAAGGAAAAAAAAGUUAGACAAACAAUCAAUGAAAUAUAUUUUGUUUCCUACGGUGUAUACAUUUAUGUCUAAAACAGUUAAAAAUCCAGCAAAAGAAAAAUAGAUACGUAACUCCUACAUACUGUAGCAUAAAUUAACUGAAAAACCAGUUACAAAAAAAAAAUAACUGAAAAACGAUAUACAAUUUUUUUUUUAUUAAUGUUGGUUGAGGUCCAAUCAUAUGAUGUAGUAUGUCAAAUGUUUAACGUGUCUUUAAGACACUGGACCUGGCAAACAAUGUGAGCCCCAUCGUUUUUCUACCUCUUGUCAUUAAGCAAACCUUAACUGAAAGUUUAAUUUAAUUUGUAAUUAGCAAUAAAUUAACCAAAAACACAGUGUCAAGGGCAUUUUAGGAAUAUCCUCACGUAUAUAAACUCGCCACUCGCCCCGCUCUUCUUCAACAUCGUCAGAUUUGCGAUUAAUUUGGUUUCCCUGCAAUUCCAUAUUCUCCGAUAGUGUAGACCAGAGGCUACACAGCUUGCACAAAGGUUCGAUCUGUGUCGGUGAUCCGCAGAAAAUUCACUUAAUUAGCAAAAUGGUGAAGAUUUGCUGCAUAGGAGCUGGAUAUGUCGGUGGUCCAACCAUGGCGGUCAUUGCUCUAAAGUGCCCAUCUGUUGAGGUAGCCGUUGUUGAUAUCUCUGUGCCAAGAAUCAACGCCUGGAACAGCGAUCAGCUCCCUAUCUACGAGCCUGGUCUUGACGACGUGGUUAAGCAGUGCCGUGGAAAGAAUCUUUUCUUCAGCACCGACGUUGAGAAACACGUCAGAGAAGCUGACAUUGUCUUCGUCUCUGUCAACACCCCGACCAAGACUCGCGGUCUCGGAGCAGGAAAGGCCGCGGACUUGACUUACUGGGAAAGCGCGGCGCGUAUGAUCGCAGACGUUUCGGUUUCCGACAAGAUCGUUGUCGAGAAAUCAACUGUCCCUGUCAAAACCGCAGAGGCCAUUGAGAAGAUUCUUACGCACAACAGCAAAGGAAUCAAGUUCCAGAUCCUCUCCAACCCUGAGUUUCUCGCUGAAGGAACCGCCAUUGAAGACCUUUUCAAACCGGACCGUGUACUCAUCGGUGGUCGUGAAACAACCGAAGGGUUUGCAGCUGUUAAAGCCUUGAAGGAUGUUUAUUCCCAGUGGGUUCCUGAAGAGAGGAUCCUCACCACCAAUCUCUGGUCCGCCGAGCUCUCCAAGCUUGCAGCUAACGCCUUCUUAGCGCAGAGGAUCUCAUCGGUGAACGCAAUGUCUGCUCUCUGUGAAGCAACCGGCGCUAAUGUCUCAGAAGUCUCAUACGCCGUAGGUAAAGACUCUCGUAUCGGUCCCAAGUUCUUGAACUCGAGUGUCGGCUUCGGAGGAUCAUGUUUCCAGAAAGACAUCCUCAACUUAGUCUACAUCUGCGAAUGCAACGGCUUGCCCGAAGUCGCAGAGUACUGGAAACAAGUCAUCAAGAUCAACGAUUACCAGAAAACCAGAUUCGUCAACCGGAUCGUCUCCUCGAUGUUCAACACAGUCUCCAACAAAAGGAUAGCAGUUCUCGGUUUCGCAUUCAAGAAAGACACGGGAGACACCAGAGAGACGCCAGCCAUUGAUGUCUGCAAAGGCCUUUUAGGUGACAAAGCUCGUAUCAGCAUCUACGACCCGCAAGUCACUGAAGAGCAGAUCCAGAGAGACUUGACCAUGAACAAGUUCGACUGGGACCACCCUCUUCAUCUCCAGCCCAUGAGCCCCACCACUGUGAAGCAAGUUUCGGUCGCUUGGGACGCGUACGCUGCGACCAAAGACGCUCACGGUAUCUGCAUUUUGACGGAGUGGGAUGAGUUCAAGAAACUGGAUUACGAGAGGAUCUUUGAGAAUAUGCAGAAGCCGGCUUUUGUUUUUGAUGGUAGGAACGUUGUGGAUGCUGAGAAGCUGAGGAAGAUUGGGUUUAUUGUUUAUUCUAUUGGUAAGCCUUUGGACCAGUGGCUCAAGGACAUGCCUGCUCUUGCCUAAACCAUACAAACAAACCUCUUCCUUAGCUUUUUAUUUCAUUUUUUCCCCAAUUAUCAUGAACUUUUUUUUUCUUUUCCUGUUUACUAUGUUUUGAUCAAUAAUUGUCCAGCAGAGAUUUUAGGCUUGUUUUUUUUCUGGUAAUUAUGUACCUUGGAUUAUAUCAUAUACUGUAAGCUUUUCAAGUAUUAUUUCUGUAAUAUAAAAAUUUCUCACAAU